ACUUAAAAACCCUGUGAUGCUAGCUCGCAAGAAUCAGUCAUCUAAAAUAAUGAGCUGCUCAAUGUUUCACUACUGAGGGAUGAGUUAUAACGGACGUCUCGAGGACUCUUUGAAGUCAGUUGACAGGCGCGAUGCUGCUGGCGUUGUUGGUACUUUUGGCCGGAUGGAUCGAGAUCGGCACCGGGUACAACGACUUUCCGUCCCUCAUGACGGCCAAUGCCACUAUGGCCGUGAUCGUGGAGAAAGGCUUUUUCAAAAGCGCCGACAACUACAGACACACCCUGGACGAGAUCUCGGACGUCGCGAACGCCGUCAUCAGGAAGAACAUGGAGAUAAGCGGCAUAGCCCUGCACGUCUUCGGCGACGCGGACGUCAAUUUAGCUCGAGAUUACACGGUCCUGCUGUCGGUGGCCAGCUGCCAAACGACUUGGCACUUGUUCAAGAGAGCGCAGAAGGAAAAGCUCGUUUAUCUCGCGACCCGGACUGUCCGAGAUUACCGGAGGACGCGGGCAUAAGUCUGCCGCUGACUAAUCCCGGCGAGGAGUUACCUCAGAUCUUCCUGGACCUGAGGACUACCGGCAGCUUAUCCUGGCCGAAAGUCAACCUCAUCCACGACGACACUUUCGCUCGGGACACGAUCAGCCGAGUGGUGAAAGCUCUGUCGCUGGAGCUUCCGGACAAGCGGGUGAGCCUCUCGGCACAAGCCCUGUUCUCCACGAGGUUCGAGAAGAACGAGAACGCCAUGAGGCAGCGGGUCCACCGUAUCCUCUCCAACUACCACGUGGACCAGCUGGGCAGCUGCUUCAUGGUCGUCGUCACCGUCGACAUGGUCUCGAUCGUCAUGGAGGUCGCAAAGUCGUUGCGAUUGGUGCACCCGGGAAGCCAGUGGCUGUACGUCAUCAGCGACGCCGCGGGUCGCGAAGCCAAAGUCACGUCGUUCGCCGAGCUUCUAGCCGAGGGCGAGAACGUGGCGUUCGUCCACAAUGCCACGAAGCACGUAGCCAACUGCAACAUGGGCUUGAUGUGCCACGUGAAGGAGCUGGUUCGAGCGCUGGCUAUAAGUUUGGAAAACUCGCUGCUGAACGAGCUCGAGCUUUACGACCGCGUUACCGAGGAGGAGUUCGAAGUCGUCAGGUUGUCAAAGGCCGAGCGCAAGCAGGAGAUCGUUAAGAGCGUCAACCGCGAGCUCUCCUACGCACGAGCUCACACGAGCAGUUGCGGCAAGUGCGUCAACUGGCGCUUCAGCUCGGCCAUCACCUGGGGAACGUCGUUCGCAUCGAGCGAGGAGAAGCAGCGCAGGGAGUCAGGGGAAAAACGUCGUCGGGAGAAUAGCAAGAGACAUAGCGAAGACGAUCUGGGAGAGAAGAGCCUCGGGCUGGGCGAACUCCUCGAUGCUGGUACUUGGAGCCCUGGGCCAGGGGUCAACAUGAGCGAGCCGCUGUUUCCCCAUGUUGAACACGGAUUUCGUGGGAGGAGUCUGCCCGUUUCGACCUUUCACAAUCCUCCCUGGCAGAUAAUCAAAUAUUCAAAUACAGGCGCUCAGGAAUACGGCGGAUUGAUUUUCGACGUCCUGAACUACCUGAGUCUUAAAUUGAAUUUCACCUACACGGUUCGGUUGGCCUCGAGCCCCGCCGCUGAAGCACCGACUCGGCUGCCGUCGGCCGGCGACUCUUCCAAGAGCAUGGACUUGGCGGCGAUGUCGGUGGCGCAGAAGGUACCCCAGGAGGUGGUGGAGCUGGUGCGCUCGAAGCAGGUCUUCAUCGCGGCUUCGGCCUUCACCGUUGGGAAGAACAGCGGGGGUUUGAAUUUCACCGCCGCUAUAGUCAUGCAGAAUUACGCUUUACUCUCGGCUAAGCCCAAACCCCUGUCGAGGGCUCUCUUGUUCACGGCGCCUUACACGAACGAGACCUGGGCCUGCCUGACGUCGGUCCUCAUCGUGAUCGGUCCGAUCUUGUACCUGACCGUGAAACUGAGCCCCCGACCCCGCGACAUCGACAACAGCCUCAGCCUAUCCACGACCUGGCAGUGCUCCUGGUACGUCUACGGCGCGCUCCUGCAGCAGGGUGGCAUGAGUCUCCCGAAAGCCGACAGCGCCCGUCUGGUGAUCGGCACCUGGUGGCUGGUGGUGAUGAUCGUGGUGGCGACUUACUCGGGGAACCUCAUCGCCUUCCUGACCUUCCCCCGCAUAGACGCUCCCAUCGACAACGUCGACGACUUGCUCGCCCGUAGCGACGCUUUUCACUGGUCGUUUCCGAACGGCAGUGCUCUGGAGUCGUAUCUAAUCGCAGCCGUCAACGACGAUCCCAAGUACAAACAGCUGCUGGACGGCGCGGAACGUCAGGACCCGUCGAAGCCGAAGCAGAUCCUGGACCGAGUCAAGGCCGGUAACCAGGUGCUCAUCGACUGGCGCAUUUCGCUGGCUUUCCUCAUGCGAGAGGAUCUUAUUGAUACAGGCGGCUGUCACUUUCACGUCAGCGCCGAGGACUUUAUGCACGAGAACAUGGCCAUGAUCAUCUCCGGGGACAGUCCUUAUCUGCCGCUGAUCAACGACGCGAUCGAACGAAUGCACGAGUCGGGCCUGAUGAAGAAGUGGAUAACCGAGAAGAUGCCGAUGAAGGACAAGUGCUGGGAGAUCGCGAAGACGAACCAGGAAGCCACCAAUCACAAAGUCGACAUGGGCGACAUGCAGGGGAUAUUCUUCGUCCUCGCGAUCGGCUUCGUCAUCGCCGCUAUCGCCAUCGGAGUCGAGUUCGCCUGGCACAAGAGGAAGGAGGCGUUCGAGAGGAGCCUGAUUCGGCCGUUUGUUUCCUGAAACGACGAUUGUAAUUUUUCUAAUAAAAAGAGAGGAAUAAACGUUUAAAAAAAAAAAUAAAAUAAAAA